AUGACCAAACCCUCAGGUGAUGGCCAUUGGUCGCAAUGGGGCUCCUGGUCUGGCUGUGACGUCACGUGUGGUAUCGGGAACCAGUUGCGCAGCCGCAGUUGCGACAACCCCCCUCCUGUCGGUGGCGGAGCGAACUGUAUCGGUGAUUCUGAGGAGACUCGGACCUGCGAUACCGGACAGCCAUGUCCUGUUGAUGGGAACUGGUCACAGUGGACAUCCUGGUCCGGUUGUGACGCCACAUGCGGCUUCGGCAAACAGUCUCGCAGCCGCAGGUGUGACAACCCAAGUCCGCUGGGUGGCGGGGCGGGAUGUGCCGGCGAGUCCGAAGAGACACAGGUCUGCGUCACCGGACAGCCAUGCCCAGUUAACGGGAACUGGUCGCUCUGGACUUCCUGGUCCAGUUGUGACGUCACGUGUGGAUUCGGGAACCAGUCGCGCAACCGCAGCUGUGACAACCCACCUCCCCAACAUGGCGGAGCGAACUGUACCGGCACUUUGGAGGAGUUCCGCACGUGCGACAGCGGACAGCCAUGUGCUGUUGACGGCAACUGGUCGCUCUGGACUUCCUGGUCCAGUUGUGACGUCACAUGUGGAUUCGGGAACCAGUCGCGCAACCGCAGCUGUGACAACCCACCUCCCCAACAUGGCGGUGCAAACUGUACCGGUACUAUGGAGGACAUUCGCACCUGCGACAGCGGGAAACCAUGUGCUGUUGACGGGAACUGGUCACAGUGGACUUCCUGGUCCAGUUGUGACGUCACGUGUGGAUUCGGGAACCAAUCGCGCAACCGCAGCUGUGACAACCCACUUCCCCAACAUGGCGGUGCGAACUGUACUGGUACUAUGGAGGAGUUACGCACCUGCGACAGUGGCAAACCAUGUGCCGUUCACGGGAACUGGUCACAGUGGACUUCCUGGUCCAGUUGUGACGCCACGUGUGGAUUCGGGAACCAGUUGCGCAACCGCAGCUGUGACAACCCACCUCCCCAACAUGGCGGUGCGAACUGUACUGGUACCAUGGAAGAGUUACGCACCUGCGACAGUGGCAAACCAUGUGCCGUUAACGGGAACUGGUCACAGUGGACUUCCUGGUCCAGUUGUGACGUCACGUGUGAAUUCGGGAACCAGUCGCGCAACCGCAGCUGUGACAACCCACCUCCCCAACAUGGCGGUGCGAACUGUACUGGUAUUGUUGAGCAACUUCGCACGUGCGACAGUGGACAGCCAUGUGCCGUUGAUGGAAAGUGGUCCGUGUGGAGUUCGUGGUCCACUUGUAACGUGAGCUGUGGUGUCGGGUACCAGACGCGGAACCGAAGCUGUGACAACCCAGAACCACAGUACGGCGGGGCCAACUGCACUGGGAUCUCAGAGGACGAAAAAGCGUGUGAUUUCCUGCCUCCCUGUGCAGUUGAUGGGGGCUGGUCUCCAUGGACGUCCUGGUCCAACUGCAGUGAGACCUGCGGCAAUGGCAGCAGGAACCGCAGUCGCAGGUGCGACCAUCCGCUGCCCCAGCAUGGCGGUGCCAACUGUACCGGUGAUGCGAAACAGUCCCAAGCCUGUGGACAAGAUCAGGCUUGCUAUGUCCCAAGCGUCACAUCUGAUGCCAAGCCAGACCUUGUGGACAACGGCACUAUCACAGACUCCACCAUAGCUGUUACGUUCAGCGACCAGAUGUUCUCUCUAGGCCUGGGAAUGAUCACCGAUUUCACUGUUAUUAUAGCAGAAGAUGUCACUGGUUUGCAUGAUUCUAUGGAAACAGGACUCGUACAGAACGCGCAGAUGUACAGCUGGUACGACGUGCAGGGACUCAGUCCAGUUCCACCCUAUCAAGUGUCUAGCCUCGCCCCAUAUCCGUUCACCAGCAGCCUGAGGAAGAAGAGAAGCACUGAAAGUCAGGUUAUAAGUUUCAUCAUUGGGGGAGAGAACUGCACGGAUCCAAACGUUACCCUCUAUUGCAAUGGUCCACUGAAACCUGCCACUACAUACAGGGCAAAGAUGAGGGUGUUCACCCCCAAUGGUUACUAUGCUGACAGUCACUACUCUGCUGCAAUGAGCACGCUUGCAUAUAGCUGGUCAGAAUGGACGUCAUGGUCCGCAUGUACGGUCAGCUGUGGUGCUGGAAACCAAACACGACACCGUACGUGUAACACCGCUCCCGGCAACAACGGUACCAGUAACGUGGCCAACUGCACAGGAGAUCCUAUUCAAACAAGGACGUGUGUAGACAUGUACAUCGGGCCUUGUCCAGUCGAUGGUGUUUGGUCAGCAUGGAGUAGUUGGUCUACUUGCAUCACCACGUGUGGACUCGGCAGCCAGGCACGGAACCGUACCUGCAGCAAGCCCCUGUACGGAGGGGCAAACUGUACCGGAGUCCGGGAAGAAGUACACACCUGUACAGGCCCACUGGAGCCACACUGCCCAACUAGUACUGCCGGCCCAACCGUCGCACAGACGACACCAUCACCAGACCCUUUGGCGCCGUCAGACGGCGGAACUAUGGAAGAGUUUACUCGCUGGGAGACAGGGGAGGCGCUUCCUGAGAGUUAUGACGCACAAGCAAGUCCUGUAGAUAUGUCAAAAGGAGAGCCACUUCCAACAUCAUCUGGAGUGAAGUUGGAAAGCAUUGGAUGGCUGUCUGAGAAAACCAUGGAUUUCAACAUAACGGCCACCUUCACCGUUGCCUGGACAGAUGAGCGGUUGGCAGACCUGGGCGGGACCGGCUGGAUCCCCGUGCCGAGUCACGUGUUGUGGCUGCCGUCUGUCCAGUUCGGCAGGACGGUCAAGGCCAGGUGGCCGGUCACAACAAGCUCCGUGAUGAGGUCAGCCGGGGAAGAGGGCGACGGUCCAGAAUUUGGAACUGUGUCAACUUGGUUGUCACCAGAGGGACAAAUAAGUCACAGACUCAAGAAGAAGCUGCGAGUAUCGUGCUUGAUGGACUUGAGAAACUACCCAUUUGACAGGCAGACCUGCUCAAUCAAACUCCAUGGAUAUGGCGGGAUAACGUUCCAAGUGUUUGUGGCUGAGGGCAACAGCGCGCCGCUUGCUCUAGACCUGACGGAUAUGGACUCUCAAUUUGUCGUGUCAAAGACUGAGCUGUUAGCUACCACUGGGUCAUUUCGUCAUGAAGGAGAAGGUUGUCCGUACUUCCAUCAACAGUGUGACUUGGGAGCAGAGGCAGACUACUGCCCGACCCUGCGGUUCUGUGAUGCCAGCGAGCCGGAGUGUAGGAAGUGUUCCACGUACUCUGGUACCUGUCAGGUCAUCCAGAAGAAUUGUGAUCAAUCUCAAUCUGACUCCCCUGUCGACUCGUUCUCGACUCUGGAAGCCAAGAUCCACUUCAAACGCCGCCUGCCGUACUACAUCCUGCGAGUCUACAUCCCUACAGCUACAGUGGUGGCAGUGUCCUGGAUGUCCUUCUGGGUGCACUACUCAGAGACGUCCGCUAGGGUCGGCCUGGGAUGCACAACCUUCCUCAUGCUUGUUCGUCUAGGCGGUCAAAUUGAGAAAAUGCCACAUAUUUCGUACAUACGAGCUAUUGACCUCUGGUACGUGUUCUGUUUGGCCUUUUCGUUCAUGGUCAUCCUUGAGUAUGCAGUGGUACACCACCUGCACAAUCCACAGAACAGGAAGGCUAAGCAAACUGAAAAGAAGGAAAUGAAAACCGGUGCCAACAAUCGUACGAUGAGGGAAAAGCAGUCCAUUGUGGUUCAGUCAAGCAAAUGCGUCGCACAAGAAGGCAACCAGAUGUGUGUGCGACAAGCAAGUGCUGGGCGAAACAGGAUAUGGCCCUCAUCCGACUCAGUGUCGAACCAACCAGUCCGGGCGCAGUCCCCAGGAAGGGACUCGAUUGUUUCAUCAACAAGCAAGCACACGUCCAAAACGUGCCAACGUCCAGACGACACAAGCCAAGAGGGCGAGGGUGAUAACCGGGACAGCCAGGAAGAGGAGCCGAUUGUGCUUCCAACAAGCAAACGAAUUCAGCGAUUGGUAAAUCUGGUGCGUGCGCAACAAGUCAGUGGUAAACAAAACAGGGUAUGGCCCUCGGCUGACUUGAAGUUGAACCAAACAGUCCGUGAGCAUUCCUCAGGAAGAGACUUCAUCGUUUCACCCACAAGUAAACACAAUUACAAAAGGUCCCAGCACCAGGACAAUACAUGGAAAGACAGCGAUAACAACCACACACAGGAAGAGCAGUUGAUCGUGAUUCCGCCAACAAAACGCUUUGUGAAGACAGUGAACCAAGUACGUUCAACCCUUAAAGAGGCAAACCCCAAGCCUGUCAAGGUACAGCCUUCGGGGUGGGAAUUGGUCAUUCCACCCACAAGGAAGCUUAUAUCCGUAACAUCCCAGCGUAAAGAGGGCAAUGGCAGAAAGACACAGGAAGAUACUCCAACUUUGAUACCACCAAGCGAACACCUCACUAAGACGACGAAUCAGGUACAAUCAACUGAUAAGGACUCAAAGUCGGUUGGAGUGCAGAGAUUGGGACAGGGUUUGUUAAUCCCACCUUCCAGCACUUUUAAAUCCAAGACAUCCCAGGACCAGGACGACACAGGACAAAAGGCUGAUGAGGAAAGCACCCUUGUCAACGAAGUUGGUGCAAAUACUUUUCCUUUGACGGGGGGUCAAACAACGAGGAAGCGGAGGGGAGACCGCGGGAUGCAGAAGCCAGAAGAGUUAGCGAAGAGGAACUUCGUCGCAACUGCUUUUUCCGAGCAGAAGAUUCUACAUCAGGCCAAAGAACCAACUGAGGGAACCCCAACUACCUCAUCAGACAGCUGUGAUGAUCUGCAAGGAUCUGUCGUGGAUGAAAAACCAGCUGCACCCAAAGCGCGCAAGAAGGCAGGAAAGAGCCAACACAGCACGUACAAGAAACCCUGCAGCAUCGAUGAGUGGUCUAGAGUGAUAUUUCCACUAGUUUGUGGCUCACAGUCGGGAGUGGCCCUUCAGAUAGCAGGGUCCCCACGUAGGCGAUAA